UACUUUGACCAGAACGAUGAGGCCGGCAAACAAAUGACGAAUACCUUGGCCACGCUGCCCCCCUCGCAGCGGGCCCCCUUUUCGAGGCUGCAGUCCUCCAUCCGUACCGCGUAUCACGCGAGCGUGAACGCUCGACGGACGGCCGAAUUCCAGGCUCACUUGUCCGCUACCCAUCCCGGCGGCUCGUUAAUGCCUCAUUCGCGCGCAGAUCCUAGCGGCCCAAUGGCAAAGAAAGAGAGAUUCGAGCGUUUCGACCGGUUCGUGCGCAGCUGGUGCACUAUGGGGAUGCCAGGCACUAAGCCCUUUUUCGAGGGUCUCUGGGCUCUAAUGAGACUCCAAGUCGUUCCUGAGCAGCUCGGCGGUGCGGGAGGAUAUCGAAUAGAAUGGGAAAUCGACGACGCUGUUUUCAAAGAAGCGGCUGGCAAAGAUUUUAUGCUCGAAGCUAUUGACGUUCUCAAAGGAGUUUUAGGGUUCGAGGAGUUCCCUUCCAAACGCACCUCAACAUCGUCCGUCAACAAUUCACCGCUAUACCGACCGCCUUCUCCCAUGCACUCUCGGUCGCAAUCCCAACCUUUGUAUUCCAAAUCGCCUGUCCCUGCUCGGCGGACAAAUCAAGAUACCCCUAUCCUCGCGAAACGCUCCCGAGCCCCUAGUGACCCUUUUUUGGACACCACGCCCGCCUACGACAUAUUUCCCCCACCGUUCGUUGACAACGGUUUCGAAGAGACCGAGCAGCAAUACAUGCGCACCUGGACGUCGCCC